UUGCUUUGUGUCCAUUAAACAAUGAAAAUGGCAUAUUACCAAUCAUCCUUUCCCCUCUGUAGGAAACACCCAUCAUUGCUCCCAACAAUCCUUUUCAACCUUAGAAACCUGAGCUUCCAAGAUAUUCCAUUCUUCCAUUCUUUUCACUUUUUGGGUCCUCUUUCUUUUCCAUUCCCCUCUUAUGCCUCCUCCUCUUCUUCCACUCUCUCUCAAUUUAAAUAUCUACCCCAUUCCCACAUCCACCUCUCCCUUCCACUUCUCCUUCUUCUUCUUCUUAUCUUUCCCCAUUCAUUCAUAAUUCCAAACUUAAAAUGGAUCCCUCCUCCACCAACUCCGUCAACGGCUUCUACUCCUUCCUCACGCGAGGAAUCGACGAUCUAGAGCGAGUCUUCCUUACCACCAACUUCAUGUCAAUCCAAUUCAUCCAAAGAACACUCUCUCUCCUUCGAUCCUUCCACACCCAAUUGACCCUUCUCGUCCAAAAGCUCCACCUUCCCGUCGGCGACAAGUGGCUAGACGAGUACAUGGACGAAAGCUCCAAACUCUGGGAAGCCUGUCACGUCAUCAAGUCAGGCAUUUCCGGCAUAGAAAACUACUACUCCGCCGCGCUCACCAUCACCGCCUCCCUCGAUUCACACCGCCACAUCACCCCCCAACUCUCUCGCCAGGUUAUGAGGGCGAUAUCGGGGUGCCGGAGAGAGGCGGUAGGGUUGGAGGAGGAGAAUAGGGCGUUGAUGGAGACGCGGAUUCAGCCCCUGUCGCUGCGGUUCGAGGAGAGGGUCUCGAUCGAGUCGAAGCUGAACGGGUUCAACGGGUUCAGAGGGGUGCUGUAUGCAAUGAGGAACGUGAGUUCGUUGCUGCUCAUGAUUCUGCUGUACGGGCUGGUUUACUGUUGGGGGGAGUCCUCGGAUUUCGUGCUUGGCGGUUACGAGGGGUGUUUGUUUCUGGGAUCGGCGUUCAUGAUGUCGACGGCGAGGUUGCAGCAGCGGGUGGCGGCGGAGAUCGGGCACAUGGGUGGGGCGCAGGGAAUGCUGCUGCACGAGUUUCGGAGGUCGAAGGUGGCGAUGGAAGAGCUGAGGGGGGAGUUGGAGAGGAGAGGGUCGCAGGGAGUGGAGUGGGAGAGUGAGGUUGCUAUCAGGGAGAGAGUGGAGAAUGUGAGAGCGUGUUUUGGGGUUCUCAGAUCUGGGGCAGACAACAUUGUUGCUCAGCUGGAUGAUUUCUUUGACGAGAUUGUUGAAGGGAGGAAGAGGUUGUUAGACUUUUGCAGUCAUAGGUAACUGAGUGACUGAAACAAAUUUGGAGGAGAAUUCAGGAAUUGAAAUAGCCAGUAGGUAUCUGCUUGCUGCAAGGAAAAAACAAAAAACAGAACAAAAAAAAAAAAGAAAAUAGAAACAAAGACAAGGUAGAGGAAUAGUUGAUGGGGUUCUUGUACUUUUUAUUAACCCUUUUUUAAAAUUUUAUUAUUAAUAUUAUAAUUACUAUUAUCACUUGGGGGUCUUUCUUUUGUUUUUCACAAAGUCUUUUUCUUGCCCGCAGAAGCAUGUAAAGAAGGUUCUCUCGAAUUGAAUGUGGUUCUGGGUUUGAAAACAA